AUGUCGAAUGUCACCUAUCACAUUUCCAACCUGUUGGAAAAAAUGACAUCCACUGACAAAGAUUUUCGGUUUAUGGCCACCAAUGAUCUGAUGAUGGAGCUGCAGAAAGAUUCCAUAAAGCUUGAUGAGGACAGUGAGAGGAAGGUGGUGACCAUGCUGCUGAAACUUCUGGAGGACAAAAACGGCGAAGUUCAGAACCUUGCGGUCAAAUGUCUAGGUCCUCUUGUGAGCAAAGUGAAGGAAUAUCAGGUGGAGACCAUGGUGGACACUCUGUGCUCCAACAUGGUGUCCGACAAAGAGCAGCUCCGAGACAUUUCCAGCAUGGGCCUGAAGACAGUUAUCGCAGAGCUGCCCCCAGCAUCCGCAGGUUUGUGUCUGACGGCUAACGUUUGUAAAAAGAUCACGUCCCAGUUGAUCGGUGCCAUGGGGAAGCAGGACGAUGUGUCUGUGCAACUGGAAGCCCUGGACAUUCUCUCUGAUAUGCUGGGAAGGCUCAGCAGUACACUGGUCAGCUUUCACCAGUCCAUCCUGACCAGUCUGCUCCCCCAGCUGACCAGCCCACGCAUGGCAGUCAGGAAACGUGCCAUCAUGGCGCUGGGUCAUCUGGUGCCCAGCUGCAGCCCUGCACUCUUCACCCAGCUUGCUGAACACCUCAUGAAGGAACUGUCCCGGGGGGCACCUGGGGCUAAUACACGCACCUACAUCCAGUGCCUGACCACCAUCACCCGCCAAGGAGGGCACAGAGUUGGUGAGCACCUGGAGAGGAUUAUCCCGAUGAUGGUGAAGUUCUGUAAUGUGGAGGAUGAUGAAUUGAGGGAGAACUGCUUUCAGGCCUUUGAAGCCUUCGUUCGCAGAUGCCCGAAGGAAAUGUCUCCUCACAUCCCCACGGUAAUUAAGCUGUGCCUGAAGUAUGUAACCCAUGACCCCAACUACAACUAUGAUGCUGAAGAAGACCAGGAGGACUCCAUGGACCUUGAGAAUGGAGAGGAUGAGGACCAGGAAUCUGAUGACGAAUACAGUGACGAUGACGACAUGAGCUGGAAGGUGAGGCGCUCGUCUGUGAAGUGUCUGGAAGCGGUGAUCAGUAGCCGGAGGGACCUACUGGUGGAGCUUUAUGGCUCUGUGUGCCCAACCCUGGUGUCACGCUUCAAGGAACGAGAGGAGAAUGUAAAGUCAGACAUUUUUCUGGCCUUUGUGGCUUUAGUGAGGCAGACUAAACCCCCCCAUGGCUCCGCCUUGGAUCCUGGAGCUAAAGAGGACCCAGCAGUCACCCUCCUGAAGAAACAGGUUCCCACAGUGAUAAAGGCCCUACACAAACAACUGAAGGAGAAAAGCAUGAAGUCCAGGCAGGGCUGUUUCAAUAUACUAACAGAGAUGGCCAAUGUGCUUCCUGGAGCACUAGGGGAACACAUUCCUAACCUCAUUCCAGGCAUUGUGUACUCCCUCACUGACAAGUCCACCUCCUCAAACAUGAAGAUCGACGCUCUUGCCUUCCUUCACGUCCUCCUGUCUAGCCACACCCCAGAGGUCUUUCACCCACACAUCAAAGUCAUUCUACCCCCUGUAAUUCACUGUGUCGAAGACCCUUUCUAUAAAAUCACAUCGGAAGCCCUCCAAGUGACCCAGCAGAUGGUGAAGUUGAUGCGACCCCUGGAGAAACAGUCCUCUUUUGAUGUAAAGCCCUAUGUGAAAGAUGUGUUCAGUAGCACCUUGAAGCGGUUAAAAGCAGCAGAUAUUGACCAGGAAGUGAAGGAGAGGGCCAUCUCCUGUAUGGGCCACAUUGUUGGUCACUUAGGUGACCAGCUGGGUGGAGACCUGCAGCCCACCCUGCAGAUCUUUUUGGAAAGACUAAAGAACGAAAUCACCAGGCUCACUGCUGUGAAGACCUUGUGCCUUGUUGCCGCAUCUCCACUUAAGAUUGACCUAAGGCCUAUCUUGACAGAAGGGAUCCCAAUUCUAGGAUCUUUCUUACGAAAGAACCAGCGUGCCCUUAAGCUGAACACACUGACGGCCCUAAACAUCAUUGUUACGAACUACAGCGACUGUUUCAAGCCUGCUAUGCUCGAGUCUGUGUUGAAUGAGUUACCUGCUUUGAUUCAGGAGAGUGAUAUGCACAUAUCCCAAGUGGCUAUCAUGCUUCUGACCUGCAUGGCCAAAGUUUGCCCAUCUUCUUUAGCCAAGAUAGGAGGAACUAUCUUGCCUGAAGUGCUCCACCUGGUGCAUUCUCCAUUACUGCAAGGAGGUGCUCUUUGUUCCAUAGUGGAGUUCUUCCAGGCCCUCGUGUUGACCAAGGCCAGCAAUACAGGCUACAGUGAUCUCAUGAAAGCUUUGACCGGUCCUUUCUAUAAGGCUAAAUCGUCUGACUCCAUGUCGGUGCAUAGGCAGUCCUACUACUCAGUGGCAAAGUGUGUGGCAGCGUUGUCCUCUGCAUGUCCCAAGGAAGCUUCUGGAACAGUCACCAACCUCAUCCAAGAGGUGAAGAACCAGAGGACGUCAGAAUCGGUGAGAAUCCUGUCCUUCCUUUGCCUUGGAGAAGUGGGGCGUACUACAAAUCUGGGAGGGCACAAGGAGCUGAAGACGGUCAUCAUGGAGGCCUUUAGCUCCCCUAAUGAAGAAGUGAAGUCUGCAGCAUCGUGCGCCCUUGGCAACAUCUGUGUGGGAAAUCUAGAAGAGUACCUGCCAUUCCUACUGAAGGAGAUCGGUGGUCAACCUAAGAGACAAUACCUGCUUCUCCAUUCCCUCAAGGAAGUGAUUAGUGCUUUGUCAGCUGAGAGUCUCAAGCCUCAUGUGGAGAACAUCUGGACACUGCUUUUCAAGAACUGUGAGUGCGCUGAAGAAGGCACUCGUAAUGUUGUGGCAGAAUGUCUCGGCAAACUCACGUUGGUAAACCCAUCUCAGCUUCUACCUAGGCUAAAGAAGCAGUUAUCUUCAGGUUCCUCUCUUGCCCGCAGUACUGUUGUGACAGCUGUGAAAUUCACCAUCGUAGACCAUCCUGUGCCCAUAGACUCACUUCUUAAGGAAUGCAUAGGUGACUUCCUGAAAACCAUCCAAGAUCCUGACCUCAAUGUGCGACGUGUUGCCCUGGUGAUGUUCAACUCAGCCGCUCACAAUAAACCUGGUCUGAUUCGUGGUCUCCUGACUGCAGUUCUGCCCAAGCUCUACAGUGAAACCCAGAUCAGAAAAGACCUCAUCCGCGAGGUAGAGAUGGGUCCCUUUAAGCACACAGUGGAUGAUGGGUUAGAUGUGCGUAAAGCUGCCUUUGAGUGCAUGUACACUCUGCUGGACAGCUGUCUGGAUUGCCUGGACAUUUUUGAAUUCCUCAACCAUGUGGAGGAAGGUCUAAAAGAUCACUAUGACAUUAGAAUGUUAACCUUCAUAAUGCUGGCCAGGCUUGCCUCUUUGUCUCCAGCUGCUGUGGUACAGAGACUGGAGAGGCUAGUGGAGCCUCUUAGAGCCACAUGCACUACAAAGGUAAAGGCCGGCUCAGUGAAGCAGGAGUUCGAGAAGCAAGAGGAGCUGAGGCGCUCAGCUAUGCGUGCAGUGGCUGCGCUUCUGUCCAUCAGUGAAGUAGAGAAGAGUCCGGUCAUGGCAGAUUUCGUCAACCAGAUCAGAACGAACGCAGAGAUGGCUACCAUCUUCGAAAGUGUUCAGGGAGACCCCAUAUCAGGGGCUGUGGAGUCAAUGGACACCAGCUAGGACUCGCAGUUCGGAUCUGCUUACUGUGUGGUAACUGUUGGACUUCUGUAAAUCAUUAAAUGUAGAUUUACUGGGGCAUGGAUGAUUAAUAGUUUAAGCUUAAUGCAUUAUUUUUAUCAACAUUAUUCAUUGGAUAAGUUAUGAUAAGCCAGUUUUAGACUGCCGCAAGCCGGAAUUAGUAGGUUUUAAACGUCUGAAUUUUUAAAGCGUAGUCAAUGAAGCACUGACCAAUAAAUAUUCUGAAAAACA